AUGACCACAGAAAUUGCACCACAGCCCACUACCACCACCAAACCCACACCACAGCAACAGCAACAACGACGCAUCACAUCCCGCAAUCCACAAUGGACAUAUUUCAAACUCCAACUAAUCCCACACUCGCACCACCCCAUCAAAAAUUUUGUUGUCGAUGCUCUCACGGCACGCACAUAUCUGACCUCCGCCCUGUCGCAGUUUCUGGGGCUGAUGGGCACGAGUAUUGGGAUUGACAUACUCAAGAUUGACAACCCGCCAUCAUCAUCGCCACCACCACCAGAGCAACAGCGGACAAAGCCGUCGCCUGAGUAUCCGAAUGUAUGGAUUCGUGUACCCCGCGACGAUGGCGCGGCUGUCCUUGCUGCGCUGAGUUCAUGGGUUGGGUCUUUGUCUUCUUCUUCUACUACUACUUCCGCCUCGGCUGGAGACUCCGAAGAUGGUGAAGGUGGAGGAGGUAUUGCGUGGAGGGUCUGCGCAAAGGGGAAUUAUCUAAGUGCCAUUGUGCAUGGGUCUGGGGAAGGCGUUUUCAGUCCUUGA